GGCUGCAGCUCGCUCCGGGGAACCUUGCGUUGAGGUAAAUGGCUGAUUCAGAGCAAGAGGCAAAUGAUCUGUCUGAAACAGAUAAUGAAAAUCAAGCUAUAGAGGACACUUCUAUAGUAAAGCAAACAGAAGAUAUUACAGAUAUUGAAGAUUCUACCAAGAACCAGACAGAUACAGCAUACCUGAAUGAAACAGGUCUACCUUCAGAGCAGGAAUACAACCCAGAAUCAACGCAAGAACUGGGUACUGCUGAGGAACCAAUACAAGAGAAGGAUGCUGCUGUAGAACAAGUACAAAGGCUAGAUGCAUUUGAGAACCUGAACAUUAGUCAGGAACCAGCACAGGAUGUAGAUGUUGCUGAGGAGCAGUUGCAGAGGAUAAAUGCUGCAGAAGAUCAAACCACAGCCAAGGAACUAGCCAGAGAGGGAGAGCUGGUUGGGGGUCCGGCUGCGGCUGAAGGAUUGACAUUGGGGUUGGACAGAAUAGGAAAAGGAUUUCAUACAAAACUCCCAGAUUUUCAGAAAGGUGUUUCACAUUUCCAAGAUUUUGGCCAGGAAAUUAAACCAACCAGAGAUGAGUCGGGUGCUUCAACAUUUGAAAGUAAAGGUGCCAUUGAAGAUGUUUCUGAACGGCAUCCUGGUUUAGCAGCUGUUGUUCCAGAAGGCUUGAAAGAUUUGGCGGAUCCAUUUUCAGAAAGUAUAAAAAAUGCUACUGUAACAGUUAAAUUCAUGCUACAUCCCGAUAUCCAGAUUUUCACGAAGUCUUUUAACAUUAACCGAAAUGUGGAAGAAAUCAAACAGUACUUUGCAAAGCGAUUAAAAAUACCACUGAAUGUUUUACAAUUUAUGUUGCUAGGGAGAAUAAUUGAAAAUUAUGAAACCCUCUGGAGUCUUGGUGUGCAGCCUAAUGGGACAAUACAAUUUGAUAUGUUAUCACUGGAUGAAGAAAACUUUCCAAUCAAAGCAUACAAACUCCUGCAAGAAUUCUAUAUGCCUGAUAUUAUAACUGUUCGAGUUCAAACAGAGCCAGACACAUUUCAGGAUGUAUCUAUAGAAAUUAAAAGGCCAACAUUUGAGAAACCAUUCUUGGGUGGAUUUAGACAUAAGGAAACAGGCAUAGAAUACCAUAACGCAGGAUCACAGACAGAUCCCAAAAAAAACCCAGAAAAAGAAUAUGAAGAGUUCUGUAGGUCAACACAGACAGUGGUAGAAAGAAAAAAAUUACAACAGACCAGAAAUACAACUUCUACACAAAUGACGAAGAUUGGUGUUUAUGUGUCAAAUAUCACUGAUAAGCUUAUAGAACCAAAACAGUAUGUGACAGCUGAAGAAUAUCAUGCACGACGACUUAGGGCAAUAAUUGUAAUACAAACCUAUUAUCGGCGAUGGCUAGCUAUUCAAUUUGUAAACAAACUAAAAGAACAAUUAAGGUUGAGAAUGGAAUGGGAAAGGGAAGAAGAACUAAGAAAACAGAGAGAGAAGGAAAUAAAAUUGCUAAGGGAGUAUAAUCGAAGACUGUAUCCUAAAACAAAGGAUGAUUUUGAAUUACUUUAUCAUGCUUUAGAAUUAUGGAGACAAGAGGAACUUGAGCGCAUCAACAGCACUUUCACUGGAGCUGAACGGAAAGCAGCUCUCUGUGGACUUUUAGAAAAAGAGACCCAGCUGAUUGCUUCCAUUGGGAGACAGAAAAUAAAUGCAGUAGAAGAGAACCAGGAAAAAGCAAUCCUGUCCUUUCUGGAAAAGUGUGCAGAACCAAAAAGAUGGAAAGCAUUUGAUGGCAGAACCACAGAAAUGGAUACACAAUUCACACUGCGGGCCAGGGAAUUACUUGAAAUCUAUCGUAGCAUCAGUAUGAAAGAUCUUCCCCAAGAUGAGCGUCUAGAUGUGCUGUUAACCCUGAAACAUACAGUGAAGGAACAUGAAUGUAAACUCACACAUGAAAUAGUGGAAUUAAUUGAUAGAGAAGCAGACCUCAUGAUGAGGGCAGUGAAGGAAUGUAAUUUACAAGGACUUCGACAAAGAAUCUGUACAUUAUUUCUUCAGUAUAUUAAAACACCACUUUUUAAUCCAGAGAUUGCAAGACUUCUCAAGGUACCAGCUGAUCCAAUGAAGCUUUAUCACAACAUCUACUUUUGCCUUGGCUGCAAAAAAUAUCUACCUUCUACCAGUUUUGCCCUAUCUGCUAGUUCUUCCACCAUUGGCCGGUGUCAUCUGUGCUGCAAGCUGGAUAAUGAGGCUCGCAAGAGGGAAGCCUUUUUGAAGUACAAACGGAUGCUUCGAAAUCUCAGAGAUUCUGAAAUGAAAUAUAACGAUGGUGCUAAGAUUGCCUUUAUAUUUCAGCAGCAAGACUUACACUACAUGGUUGAACAUUUCUGGGGUGGUCAGUCAGUUCUUAGUGCUUGGGAUGAUCUCUAUGAUUUGGUCAUGGUUAGGUGGAAUAAGUGGCAAGAAUGGUCUCCCUGGAACACUAUUCUCCUCACAAAGGAUGAAGCUGAAGCUCAUCUUAAGCUGAACAGUCUUGAAAAGGCUUAUGAGAAGGUGUUCAUUCACAGGAUAAAGCACAAGCAAAUGCUUGCAAGAAACUAUUUUUCUCAGUUUCCAGAGCUGGCAGCUGCUCUUUAUAAAAGUGACAAGCAAACUAACACAGAAGAACUUUCAGUAACCAAGUCUGUAGUGACUGUAUCAUCAAAGUAACACUUAAACAUCUAAGGAAAUGUUGCUUGGAAAAAUGGACUGAUUGUGAGCUUAAAGAACAUUUGUUUGCAUGCCCUAGAUUUUUCUUAAAACUAUACUGGCAAAAAUGCAAUGUAAAACUUGAUUUCUGAUUGAUUAUUGUUAGUCUGCAACUCUUUCACAUACACCUCUUUGGUAUACAGUAUACUUUUGGUAGAAUAUGUUGUGUGCUCCCCUUUAAUCAUUCUUUCUUUUUAAAGAAAUAAUAUUUUGGUACCAUAGCCAGGUCUUAGGUAACAACUUUAAAAAGGCAAAUUUAAAAUAGAGAGUAUCUGUUUUGUUUGUGAGAAGUCUUGCAUAUUGACAGCUGGCACAUACUAAAGGACUUGCCUUAAAGAGAUGCUACUUUGAUACAGAGUAAAGUAAUAUAGGGUGAAGUCAUAUAAAGAUUUUCUUAUGGCCAGCACUGUUGCUUUUUAUUGUACCACAACAGAUUAGGGAUAGUUCAAUUUGUUAAGGAAACAAUGAAAAAGAAUGUUAAAGGUUAAAUUACUUAUUUUUUCUGACUUUUACUAUCUUUAUCCUAAUCGUCAACAUCUCAGAGAGUAAACUUAAAUAGAACUCAAACCAUGGUUAAAGGCAUCUUAAAGAUUUUUAACUAUUUUGUGUGGCUUUCAUCAUAUUUAUCUAAUAUGCACAUAGACUAAUAUCUUGAAUCUUCAAUAAACCCAAUUUAUUCAUAUUACAUGAUAAAUCCAUUUUUAAUUGCUGGAAGCAUCAGAGUAGAAUGUGAACAAUUGCAGGACGUGUUAAAUCUAUUCAGUUGCAUAAACAUAAAUAUUACUAGCAAUUUUAUAAAACAAUAUAAAAUUGCAUUCAUUAUGUUCAGAUCAAAUAUUUUUCCGACUCAUUGCAAGAAAAGAUUGAUCUAUUUUAGAAGUGUGCACAGGCAUUGUCUAUAUCUAGCCAAACAGCGGAUUGUGUUUUCCCUUGAAAGCUAAGUUUUAUGCCAGGUACAAACUGCCUUUAAAGUUUCCCUCAGUUUCAAGAGUUUUUUAAGACAUCGUGAGGGUUGAAACAGUCCAAAAUUAUUUUGAUGAUUAAUUGAGCAGUAUGUUAUUAAUUGGAGACAAGGCGCAGUAUGUUAUUCUUCUUAGAAUGAAAUAUCCCAGAUUAGUUUCCUGUAUAGUCAUUUUUUACAAUAUUUUUAAAUACAGUUAGUUUGCUGACAAGGCUUACAGUUGAGUAACUUUUGUAAUAACUUGAAUACAGUACACCAUGCUUUAGACUGCUGUCCAUUUAUUUCCAAAAUGAACUGCGUGCAGCUACCA